CGCAGACCAUGGGAGUGCCCAAGCAGGCUUACUAUUAGAGAAGAAUCCUAUAUGGAAUUCAGACAGGUGGCCCAUCUCUGCACAUCCUUGAGAAGUCUAGCUUUUUCAGGUAUUCCUCUAGUCCUGGUGACACAGUGGUGAAUCACACAUCAUUUAUGGAUCCUUCAUUUCUGGGGGCAAAGAUGGGUACUUAAACAAGGAAAAACUGAGACAAGAGUGGUGACUUCUGAAGUAUGGCUCACCACAACAUUUCUUCCUGCAGCCCUAUAUUGACACCCCAUUUAACCAGGCUCUACUUCCUAGUACUCAUUGGAGGGCUGGCAGGCAUCAUCUCCAUUCUGUUCCUGCUGGUGAACAUGAACACCCGAUCUGUAACUACCACAGCAGUUGUUAAUCUGGUGGUGGUCCACAGUGUUUUUCUGCUGACAGUGCCUUUUCGCUUGACAUAUCUCAUCAAGCACACCUGGACAUUUGGGUUGAGCUUCUGCAAAUUUGUGAGUGCCAUGCUACACAUCCACAUGUACCUCACAUUCCUGUUCUACAUGGUGAUCCUGGUCAUUCGGUACCUCAUCUUCUUCAAGCGCAAGGACAAAGUAGAAUUUUACAGGAAGUUCCAUGCUGUGGCUGCCAGUACUGGCAUGUGGCUGCUGGUGAUUGUGAUUGUGGUACCCGUGGUUGCUUCUCAGUAUGGAACUCACCAGGUGUACGACGAGCAACACUGUUUUAAAUUCCACAAAGAGCUUGAUCGUGCAUACGUGCGAGUCAUCAACUAUAUGAUAGUUACUACUGUCAUAGCCACUGCAAUGGUCCUCUUAGUCUUCCAGAUCUUCAUCAUUAUGUCAAUGGUGCGGAAGCUACGCCCCUCCUUACUAUCCCACCAGGAGUUCUGGGCCCAGCUGAAAAACCUAUUUUUUAUCGGAGUUAUCCUUAUUUGCUUCCUUCCCUACCAUUUCUUUAGGAUCUACUACUUGUACACGGUGGCACACUCACAUGACUGUAACAACACUGUUGCAUUUUAUAAUGAAAUCUUCUUGAGUGUAACUGCAAUUAGCUGCUUUGAUUUGUUGCUCUUUGUUCUUGGAGGAAGCCGUUGUAAGCAAAAGAUAAUUGACCUAUGGAAUUGCCUCUUGUGCCGUUAGCCACAAACUACAGUAUUCAAAAUUCCUUUAUACUGGGAGUAAAAAUGGGCAUAGAGAGGUAGGAAGGGUUAUUUCAUUACUUGAUUAAAAGCAUGCCUUAAUGCGCCCAAAUAAAAGGACUAUAAAAUGUCAGAGCAUUCAUUCCGGUCCUUAUUUAAUCCCUACCACCUCUAAAUGAUGCCUUUAGAAAGACUAGUGAUGUUCAGUCCACCUGGAGUUAUAAUACUGCAUUAUUUUCCAAUAGAAAAGGUCUACUUGGCCCAUCUGGGCACCAUGGGCCUACUGGUUUCUGAGCUUCACCAGCUUAUUUUAGUUUCAUCAGUUUGAAACAUGAUCUUCUGUAGGCUUUGGAUUGGAUUCAACCCUCUAGUUCUUUUCAUUUCACUUAACCUUAGGUAAAUUAACCCUGGCAAUGAAUCAGCCCCAAAGACACAAACUCUAUUGGCUAACCAGAUAAGAUAUCCAUUCAACUCCCACCCUGACAAAUAGCAGAUAAAGGGGGAGAACAGUAAGAAACUUAUCUAGAUUUAUUUAUUUAUCAUAACUUUCAUGGGAAGUCACUUAUCUAGAAAUCAAGAGAAACAGAAGUCCUUGUGACCUUCUGCUAUAACAAGGUUAUCUAGAUUUGUCCUUUGAAAGGUCAAGUUUAAGGACAUGGGAUCAACAUCCUCAAUAACUCCAAAAAUCAUUUAAAAGCUUACUAAACAUAUAAGGGUGAAACUCUAAGUUAAAGAAUAUUCCUGACCAAUAUGCUGCUAAGCAUUAAAAUGAGUUCCUGAGGGAAGUGAUUACAUUUUUCCCUUUCUGUUUUUUGAGAAAAAUCUCUAGAUGUCUUGGCCACAGUUAAUUUAGAUUUACCUUGGAAACAGAAACUUACACUCUAGUUUCCUUCUCUCCUUAAGGUUAUGAGUCUUUAAAUAAACGAAAACAAUAUUCUUAAAAAAAGAACUUUUGAGAAAUAUAUAGAAAAAUUAAUUUAGACUAUGAGAUUAGGCUGCUAAGUUGAUACAUAGGCUUGUGGGCUUUUUCCCUUCUUGCCCAUAUUUCUACUAUUUCCCUCAAAGUUUCAUAAUUUUGAAACUUUCCAAGGAACUGAUCCAGGUUCAUAUCUAAUGCUUCAGAACUAAAGCAAUUUAUGAUAGGAAUAGAAGAAUAGAAUGAAUUAAGGUAAAAAUUUUUUUCCCAGCAAAAUAAAGGAUCAGAAUUUAAAGACUUAUUUUAAAUUUGUUAUACUCUAUGGAUCUACAAAUUUACCAGAUGAAUAAGAAAUAUCCCUGUGAGUUCCUAUAAUCACUAAAAUUACUGAGUCAUAGAAGUUAAUUUUGAGGAAGAAAAAGCAGCAACAUGCUUCACAGACUUGUUUCCAAAAUUUUCCUACUUUAAAAUUUAUGUUCUUGGGUGCCUGGGUGGCUCAGUCGUUAAACGUCUGCCUUCAGCUCAGGUCAUGAUCCCAGGGUCCUGGG